GGCGCCCUCCGCCCCGCCGCCGUCGUCUCCUCCUCCCUGCUUUCCCCCGGGCCGGUGGAGCGCCCUCCCUUCUCCUCGCUUUCCCCCCUCGCAGCCGCCGACACCAUGAACGGGCAACUCAACGGCUUCCACGAGGCGUUCAUCGAGGAGGGCACCUUCCUCUUCACUUCCGAGUCGGUCGGGGAAGGACACCCAGAUAAGAUUUGUGACCAAAUCAGUGAUGCUGUCCUUGAUGCCCACCUCCAGCAGGACCCCGACGCUAAAGUUGCUUGUGAAACGGUUGCUAAAACAGGGAUGAUCCUUCUUGCUGGGGAAAUCACAUCCAGAGCUGCUGUCGACUACCAGAAAGUGGUCCGAGAAACCAUCAAACACGUGGGCUAUGAUGAUUCUUCCAAAGGGUUUGACUAUAAAACCUGUAAUGUGCUCGUGGCCUUGGAGCAGCAGUCCCCCGAUAUUGCUCAGGGAGUUCAUCUGGACAGAAAUGAAGAGGAUAUUGGUGCGGGUGACCAGGGCUUGAUGUUUGGCUAUGCCACAGAUGAGACAGAAGAGUGCAUGCCGUUGACCAUUGUCCUCGCGCACAAACUCAACGCUAAGCUGGCCGAGUUGCGGCGCAAUGGCACCCUGCCUUGGCUUCGUCCAGAUUCCAAAACUCAAGUGACGGUACAGUACAUGCAGGACCGCGGGGCCGUCCUUCCCAUCAGAGUCCACACGAUCGUCAUCUCCGUCCAACAUGACGAAGACGUCUGCUUGGAUGAGAUGAGGGAUGCCCUGAAGGAGAAGGUGAUCAAAGCCGUCGUGCCGGCCAAGUACCUGGAUGAGGACACAAUCUAUCACCUGCAGCCUAGUGGCAGGUUUGUCAUCGGUGGGCCUCAGGGUGACGCUGGCUUGACGGGACGCAAGAUCAUCGUGGACACGUAUGGUGGCUGGGGUGCUCACGGCGGAGGAGCUUUCUCCGGAAAGGAUUAUACCAAAGUGGAUCGUUCGGCUGCCUACGCCGCCCGUUGGGUCGCAAAGUCCCUUGUGAAAGGAGGUCUGUGCAGGCGGGUGCUUGUUCAGGUAUCUUAUGCCAUCGGAGUGGCUCAUCCAUUGUCCAUCUCCAUCUUCCAUUAUGGCACCUCUCAGAAGAGCGAGAGGGAGCUGCUGGAGAUUGUGAAGAAGAACUUUGACCUCCGACCCGGGGUCAUUGUCAGGGAUCUGGAUCUGAAGAAACCAAUUUAUCAGAGGACUGCAGCCUAUGGCCACUUUGGUAGGGACAGCUUCCCAUGGGAAGUGCCCAAAAAGCUAAAGUAUUGAAAGUGUUAGGCUUCUUUCCCCAGACUUGUUGGCGUAGGUUACAGAGAAGCCUUCAAGCUCUGCGGGAAAGGGCCCCGCUCCCUAAACUCUCCUGUCCUCUUUCAGCUCCUGAUCAGUUGCAGUCACUCUGUCCAAUGACCUGAAUUUUUAGCUUUUGUGUGGAGGCCGUAAGGUGGGCUGUGCUAUUUCUCCUCCCUCCCCCCAAUUCCCAUCCCAUCCCCAAUGUUCCGCUCACCCUUAUAAUGGAUUUGGUGAGCUUUAGGUGACCCGCGUAACUUCCUAGAGGUGAACAGACAGCAGUCUGCCUAGUAAAUGAUGCUUUCAAAUUGACCCCACUCUCCGCCCCCCCCGAGCCCCCGGAUCUAACCGCCUCACCUCCCCCUCCACCAUCGAGAGAUGUCCUUGUAACGUGCCCGUGAAGUACUUGUAGUUUCUUGACCCGACCGAGCGAUCGCCUGUCCUGCAGGACCACAGCCCUGUCAGUGGCAUGGGGCUUUUUUUAUAUUCGAGCUCCUACUAUGAAUGUGAAGCUACCCCCUCUCCCCACCCUGGACCCCCUCAACCCAACUCUUAAUUAUGUAGCUGCUUGUCCGGGUGUCCCUUACCAGAUCAGUCUUGCAUGCCACGCAAAGCUCCAGGUGGAGCUCUAGCCUCACUUCAGAGAAAGGCAGUCAGCAUCUGAGCCCUUGCCCCGGCGCCCGCGCUCUCUUAACGGCCGCCCUCUGGCCGGCACCGGGGCCGAAACCUCUCCACUUUCUAGCUGUCUGUCCGGAGGACGUACGUAAUAAGGUUUUAAUUUUAUCGAAUCAAUCCUAUGCAUGGUUUCAGCACUAGCCAAACCUCACCAACUCCUAGCUCUAGGAUAACGGGCGCUUGGCACUCUUGCGAUGUCCUACAGAGAAGUCGCGGGGUGGUGCCAGAGGGUCUGUAGGUUGCACACUUUGGUAUCGGAGUAACUUUUUCUUUAUAAGAAAGACCAAGUAUUCCACACUGCACAAGAGCUCCUCCCAGGGUUUUUUAACUUUGUUUUAUUUUCAAAACCAGGUCCAAUGAGCUUUCUGAACAGCUGGUGUAGCUACAGAGAAACCAGCUCCCUUCAGAGAGCAGUACUUUUGGCGGGGAGGAGAAGGAAAUCCCUUCAUACUUGAAACAUUUUCUAAUUGCUUAUUUAUUGUGUUCUGGGGUGUGGCGUGAGUACAGAGAAGCUAUCACCUCAGAGAGGCAGCUUUUUAAAAAGAGAAAAUGAAAAACCUAUUCUUUUUGGACACCAUGAUUUCAUUGCCAUGUUUCCAGCAUUCCCAGGUAGGCCAGGGUGUCCUACAGAAAAACCUUGGGUCGCACCUUUGGGGGUUCUGGCUGGUUUCUGAGGGGAGGGCAGAGCUGGAGCGGCUGGCCGUGGGGAGACGCUGACUUGGCUGGUGUUGUACAGAGAAGCCAGCUUGUUUACAGGCUCAUCCCAUGACUACUGUCCUCAGCAGAAAGUGCCUUUCAGGAUCUUUUUUUUUUUUUUUGGGAGGUUUAUUACGUAUGUCUGGUUCUCAAUUCCAACAGUAAAUGAAGAUCUUAAUAAAAUGCUAGGUUCUACCUUUUACUGUGA